AUGACUUUCGGAUCACACAUCAACCGCGCGAUGUGCGUGGACUACUCCUCCGCGUUUCUUUUCGUGUACGUCUCAGUGCUCGGCGUGUUUUUUAGACGAAAACAUGGAGCAGGGGUUGCGAACGCGGAGGAGGUUUUUGAUUCAAUUCCGACGAAUGUUUCUUCCUCCUCUUUUUUCCCAACGGAUCCGAUGUCGCCGAUGUCGUCGAUGCGGCAGCCGAUGGCGGAUCCGGCAGAGAUUCCAGAAGCCGCGCAGAGUGUCCUCGCCUCGCACCCAACCUACGAAGAGCGCUGUUUCGACACGCCAGGGGACGGGAAACUUCCGUUCUGUUGGUAUUGCGAUCCUUCGCGGUGCGCCAAGACCAAAAAUUAUGAAAAUCCGGAUUUAGCGAACACGGAAUGGUGUCCGUCCGAAGCGUGUAACGGAUAUAACGACGCAGAGAAGUGGGAAGGGUAUAAUUUUGGAUGCGGGUUUGAACGAAAUUGGUGCGAAACGGGCACUGGUUCGGAGACGAAGUCGCAGUGUCAGGAGAAGUAUCGGCGCUCGGAAACAAACUGUAACUGCGAUCCGGAGAAUCCAGUCCAGUGUCCCUCUUCGUCUGCGCAACCGUCGCCGCCUCCGUCGCCGUUGCCGCCACCGUCCCCGUUGCCACCUCCUUCACCACCGCCAAUUUCGUCAAACGCAAAUGGUAACGAUGGAGGCGACAGCUCGUUCACAAAUGUGGAGGUGACAACCAUCGACGACAACGACAUCGACGGUUUGUUUUCAUCUCCGCCGCCGCCAUCAAAAGACGCUUCUUCCGCAGACUCUGGAUUUAUGACACCGUCCAAGCUUGGCGGCGCUGCCGUGGGCUUAAUCGGUAUUUUCUUCCUCGCGGCGUUUGUUGGGUAUCGGAACUAUAUUUGCGCAAAGAUCAUGCCCAAGUGGUACAAGAAUAACGCGAAUGUGAACGCGGCGACUUCAGACGAAGAGAACGUGCCCCCAGAGUGGGUUUCGAAUAAGUCCGCCUCCAAAAAGAACAAGACGAAAAAGAAGAAGCGCGCCCCGACGACGAAAACGGUCGCAAAAUGA